AUGAGUGCAGGAGCUGAUGAGGCUGACCGACAACAAAGACAACCUCAAGGCAUUGUCACGAUUAAUGUACCUACAACAGACGAUGACACCGCCACCUGUGUGAUUUGCUGCGAACCAAUCUCUGACCCCUCCGAGACCCAACCGUGCAAACAUCGCCACUUCGACUACCUUUGCAUUGCAACAUGGCUCUUCAAAGAUCCCAGGUGCCCUGUCUGCAGAGCACCUGUCUCUAGCCUUAUCCGCGAUUCCACCCAAGAAGUCCUCUCCAACUUUGGCGAUGCGAAGCUUGCUCUCCGCGUGUCUCCGCCAUCAACUCAUCCCGUCUCAACCAACAGAUGGGGCCGUCAACCAACAUCCAACGCCUCCAGGCGCCCGCACGCCCGCUCGUCAGGUGCUUGGGGGCGCUCCCCUUUCCGCUCUCGAAACGACUUCGAUCGUGCGCUCAGCCGCAGACAGGCUGUUUACGCACACGGCCGAUUUUCAAAGCACGUCGGCUCCAACCGAUUAUCCCGAUACCGCGAACUCACCCCCCGAUUGUUCUGCGAAGACGAAGAACUGGUAUCACGGGCAAGGAUGUGGAUCAGACGGGAGCUUCAGGUCUUCCCCUUCCUUAGGGCACAAUCAACCGCUAGCCCGCAGGACCUCGACAUGAGCGAUCGUCUAUCAUCUGCGUCGUCUGCUGGUCAAAACCGACCGUCCGAUCACCAAGAGGGAGAGGCCACACGGAGGCGCAGAGCCCAAAAUGCCGAGUUCCUACUCGAGUACAUCAUUGCCAUUCUGAAAUCCGUGGAUAUGAUGGGCAGUGCAGGAGAGGCUGAGAACAUGAUAUCCGACUUUCUCGGUCGCGACAAUACCCGCUUGUUUCUACAUGAAUUGCGCGCGUGGCUCAGAAGCCCAUACACCAAGCUCGAGGACUGGGACAGGGCUGUCCAAUACCCUGAUGAGCGUCAAAGGAUAUCUGAGAGGCCCGAGAGCAGCGCUGGAAGGCGCCGGCAUCCACGCGAAGAGGUUGACAUCACCAACAUGGCCAAGAUCAACGUCAAAGUCAUCUCAGACUCGGUCUGCCCCUUCUGCUACCUGGGCAAGACCCGCCUCGACCGCGCCAUCGCCCAGCACCAGGCCGCCUCGCCCGCCGACACCGUCUCCGUCUCCUGGCAGGCCUUCUACCUCAACCCCAACGCGCCCACCAAGUCGCUGCCCCUCAACGAGUACCUCGCCAGCCGCUUCGGGCCCGACCGCAUCGGCCCCAUGCACAGCCACAUGAAGGCCCUGGGCGCCCAGGAGGGCAUCGACUUCACCUUCAAGAGCCGCACCGGCAACACGCGUGACUCCCACCGCCUCGUCCAGUUCGGCAAGGCCAAGGACGCGGAGCACAAAGUCGUCGGGGAGAUCAUGAAGAUGUACUUUGAGCAGGGCGGCGACAUCACCUCGCACGCCGACCUGGUCGCGGCGGCGGAGCGUGCGGGGCUGGACGGCGCCGAGGCCAAGGCCUGGCUGGACGAGGGCAAGGGCGGCAAGGAGGUGGACGAGGAGGUGAGCAAGGCGUACGACAUGGGCAUUCACGGCGUGCCCAAGUUCAUCGUCAACGGCAAGUACCAGAUUGACGGCGCUCAGGACUUCUCUGUCUUUGCCGACACGCUGCGAAAGGCUGCAGCCCAAUGA